CAGCACCUGAUGCGGUGUCGGCCGCGGCGUGCCCCGUGCGCGGCUUGUUUACCUCAGGCUGACGCACGCCCGCCACCGUGAGAUAAAAAGCAGCCCGCCCGAGCGCCAUGGAGACAGGAGCCGAGCGAGAGGGGGAGGACAUCAUCACAAUCAUAAUAAAAGUCUGGGGAAUAAUACACCUGCGUCAUAGCGGCCGCCUGCGUCACUCCGCCUGACCCGGCCGGCGUAUUGUUUACCAUGGACAUGCCAAAGGCGAUGCCGUCCCGGGACAGUCGCCGUGAGACGCUGGGUGCCCACAGCGUGUGGUAAUCACCGCGGUGACUCAGCGGCGGCUUCUCCCGCGCAUUUCUUAUUGAACUGCGCCACCACCACAGCCAGUCGAUAUGACGUCAGCCGGCCGUUGCCAUGGAAGUGUUGUCUGGCGUGGUGGUUGUAAUGAGUAAAGACGCCGUUCAGCACCAAGGCAUCACACUGACCAUGGAGGGCUCUGUUAAUUUACAGCUCAGUGCCAAGAGUGUUGGGGUGUUUGAAGCUUUCUAUAAUUCAGUGAAGCCAAUUCAGAUUAUUAGCAACAGUGUAGAAAUGGUGAAGCCGGGAAAACUCCCCAGUGGUAAAACAGAAAUUCCUUUUGAAUUCCCGCUGGUUAUGAAGACCAAUAAGGUCCUGUUUGAGACGUACCACGGAGUGUUUGUGAAUAUUCAGUAUACCCUUCGCUGUGAUAUGAAGAGGUCGCUACUGGCAAAAGACUUGACAAAAAGCUGUGAGUUCAUCAUACACUCUCAACCGCACAAGGAAAAGCUGACCGCAAGCCCCGUUGACUUCACAAUUACGCCAGAGACGUUACAGAAUGUUAAAGAGAGGGCUUCCCUGCCAAGAUUUCUCAUCAGAGGUCACCUGGACUCCACCAACUGUCUCAUCACUCAGCCUCUGACAGGGCAGCUGGUCGUCGAGACCUCAGAAGUUGCCAUCAAAAGUAUUGAGCUGCAAUUGGUGCGCGUGGAGACAUGUGGUUGUGCGGAGGGCUAUGCCAGAGAUGCCACUGAAAUCCAAAAUAUCCAGAUAGCAGAGGGAGAUGUGUGCCGAGGUCUCCCUAUUCCCAUCUACAUGAUAUUUCCCAGAUUGUUUACUUGUCCAACCCUGGAAACUACCAACUUCAAAAUAGAGUUUGAGAUGAAUGUUGUGGUUAUUCUUCAAGAUGACCAUCUCAUUACAGAAAACUUUCCACUCCAGCUAUGUCGUCUGUGACACCAGAACCAUAUUGGUGUUGUCCAUCAGCUGUAAGUGGAUAUUUAGAGAGAGGUCUCAGUCAGUGAGGCUUCCUGCAGCCACUACCUGCUCCCAAAUAUACCUCCUGAAACAUGGACUCUUACACCAUGGUUGGUAAAGAAAACUAAAAGCACUUAUAGCAGAUUCUACAUCAUCUUCAGACCAAGAAAUAUACAGUAAAAGUACACAUUCCGCUUUAUAUUUCCGCCGACUUACAUACAUCUUAUUACCAACCAUCUGCAACGGAUUUCUCUCCUCUGGUUUUGUUCUUUGUGCAUCGGUGAUCGCCUGAAGCUGAAUCUCUGUUGCCUAUUAAACCAACCUGGAGCCCCGGACGUGAUUUGGGUGGGAGUGCCAGGGUGAGAUGGGGAUACAAAUAAACCAGUGUCUAUAAGGGUGACUGUUGCAAUGACAAAAAUAAAGUUGGGCAGUAGCAUUGGUUUCCUUUUUAGUUUAAAUACUUCCCCUGCACCAUUAUAUGGGAAAGAAGCAGUAAGGAGGGUGCAAGCACCCUAUUGGGUCUUUUACUGUGUUUGGGAUCUGUACACAGUGGAUGUAGGUUACCUCAAAAGGUACCUCUGCCUGAUGCUGGAUCAUAACUUCCUUCUAAGAGAGCUCGGCUAGAAAUUUUAAACUUGGGUGAUCUCAGCCAGAAUCCCUGUUUCUUCUCCGUGACACUGGGCUUCCGUACAUUGCCUGAGGGAAGUCUCCAGCCUGACCAUAACAGGUGAUCAAUGUAGCCAGACAUUGCGCAGUCACCUGCAGGAAAAGUACUACGCAAUGACGUGUGUGGGGUACAUGAAUAUACAAGAAAUGAAGUCUACACAUAAAGCUUGCAGAAUUUUAGGGAACAUUUUAUAUAAGAUAUCCGCAGCCGGUAACUGUAAUAUAACACCGCAGACUACAGUUCCUGUGCUGGGACACCGAGGAGAAAGUGCAGGAGCUGUACAUCACAAGGAUACCAGACCUUGCCAGGGUUAGGCGACUCCUUCCCACGUAUUUACCCCUUUUCCACUAGCUCAAAAAACACGGGUAAAUGCACGGGGGCGCGCAUUUACCCGUGUUUUUUGCAAGUGGAAAAGGUUAAACCCGGAUCGAGUGACCCGUGAAUCCUACCCGGCUAUCUACCUGGGUAGGACACGGGAAUGAUCCGGGUAGGGUUGUAGUGUAAAAGGGAGCCGUGUCGAUGCAACACGGCUCCCGUUUACACUGUAUGGAAGGGCGGCGCUGGGAGAUCAUGUGAUCUCCCUGCGCCGCCCCUGCCGCGUCACUAGAAGCGCCACCAACCCGGCAUAUGCCGGGUUGUGACUGCUGAUGGGAAAGGGGCCGAGCACGGGUCGCAGCAGGGGGCAGCUCCCGUGUCAGGCUCCCGGCUGCGACCCGUGCUCGUAGGUGGAAAAGGGGUAUAAGCAGAGAGCAGGUUGCAGAAGAGCGGUGUGCAGGAGGUUAUAUUAUGCAGUAAGAGGAAGGACUGGACCAUUCCGUAAUGGAAAAUAACACUAGAAGCUGUGUCUGACAUCUAUACUUGCAGAAGAAACACAUGAGCACAGAACUUUAAUAGAACUUAAGCUGCAAUUUAUUGUUUUUUUUUCUUUAAUCCUGUUAUUUGGCACUUAGGAUACGAUUCUAUUAUAAAUACAUUUCAUUGUUGAAUCUGCGCUGUGUUGGCGCAUAUUUGUGUUUGGGGAUAAACAAGAUAAUAUAAAAGGUCACUAACCUUAAAAUAGGAAUUGUAAAUGUUACAAGACGUUCCUUAAAAUAUUUACAUACUCAUUCCAUCACUUGGACACAUUAAAGAUGUUUCACAGUAAACUUGUUUGUUACCUUGUGGUAUUGGGAGUCAUUCCGAGUUGAUCGUUCGCUGCCGUUUUUCGUAGCGCAGCAGUCAGAUCUAUACUGCACAUGUGUAUGUAAUGCACAUGCGCGUCGUACGGGUACACAGCGGAACGUUACUGGGCGAUGGAUUUAAAGAACAAUCCAUUCGCACAGGCGAUCACAAAGAGAUUGACAGGAAGAGGGCAUUUAUGGGUGGCAACUGACCGUUUUCUGGGAGUGUUUGGAAAAACGCAGGCGUGUCCAAGCAUUUGCAGGGCGGGUGUCUGACGUCAAUGCCGGGACCAAAAAGACUGAAGUGAUCGCAGCGGCUGAGUAAGUCCAGAGCUACUCAGAAACUGCCCAAAAUGUUUUUGCACAGCUUGGCUGCACAGGUGUUCGCAAACUUGCAAAGCGAAAAUACACUCCCCCCGUGGGCGGCGACUAUGCGUUUGCACGACUGCUAAAAGUAGCUAGCGAGCGAUCAACUUGGAAUGAGGGCCAAUGUCUUCUACCAACUAGUGUGUUUUAUAUGCAUUCCUAAACCGCAAUAAAAGUACUUAUACUAUG